GCCCAGACUCCUUCAGCUGGCACAUGUGCUGCUGUGCGUCGCCGGGACGCACCAUGACGCGCUACUCCGUGGGAUGAGCAGCGCAUCCAGACGCAGCGAACAUCGCCACAAGUCCGGCGGGUUACCGCUCUACAUGAUGCAGCUGUACCGGACGAUGCUUAUCGAGGAGAGGAGCAGGAGCCCGGCUGCUGAGGAGGCGCAGGACCACCCCGGUCUGCACGACUCCGACUCCGUCGUCAGCCUGGUCGCCAAAAGCUGCCAGCAGAAGGGCAAGAGGUGGUCUGUCACCUUUGACCUGUCGUCCAUGUCUGCCAGCGACCACAUCCAGGAGGCUGAGCUGAGGAUCCGACUCCCUGCCUUCACCGAGUCCUCCAGAGUCACGGUGGACGUCUAUCAGUGCUCCGGAGCUCACUGUCCUCACAGCCGCCACCUGCUGGGACGUUUGAGAGCUCACCCCAGCGCCAUGGUGUCUCCUUCAUCCUGGAAGGUGCUCAACAUGACCGGGCUUCUGCGCCGCUGGCUCCAGCAGGACCUUCAAGCGCACAUGUCUGAGGAGGAGGUGGAUGCUGAGGGGCUGCAGAGCCAGGAGGGAGUGGAACACCACACCGCGGAUCGGGUCAUGAUGGUGGUCUUCUCCAGGCACAACCCCAAAAGCCAGCGCAUGCCGACACUGAUCAGCACUGCGGAGCACUCCAAGUAUGUCAGCUUGGACAGGAUGGCUGGACCCAGGUCCAGGAACCGACGGGCCAAGAGACAGCAGAAAGUGGCAGAGGACGCUCCAAGCAGCCGGCCCAGUGAAGAGAAAGGCCCACGGUGCAGGAAGGUGGACAUGGAGGUGGACUUUGACAAACUUGGCUGGAACGAGUGGAUUGUCUAUCCCAAGAAAUUCAACGCCUUUCGCUGUGAGGGGAGCUGUCCUUCUCCAGUGGAUGAAAGCUACGCUCCAACCAACCACGCAUACAUGCAGAGCCUUCUCAGCCUUCACCACCCCCACAAGGUGCCCUGCUUGUCCUGCGUGCCCACACGACUGGCACCUCUCUCCAUGCUGUACUACGAGAACGGGAGGAUGGUGAUGAGGCAUCACCAGAACAUGGUGGUGGAGGAAUGCGGCUGCCACUAGAUGAACUGGACACUUUAGCAAACGGACAUUUGAGAGGAGUCUGGACUUGAAGCAGACGCUAUCUUAAGAGGAUGUAUUGGAUUAAUACCACGAACACAAGCACAUCAUGCCCACUGACUGAAGCACUACUGAAGAAUCACACAAAUUAUUCAAAACUAAAAUGUUUGCUGCUAUUGGUACAGAUUUGGUGU